AGACUUCUUUGUUCUUAGGGUCCUGAUGAGGAGGUUGUUGUGGACCUUGGCAAAACCAGCUCUACGGUGAACACCAAGUUUGAAAAAGAAGAGCUAGAAAGCCAUCGAGCUGUGUAUAUUGGUGUUCACGUCCCAUUCAGUAAAGAGAGCCGGCGGCGUCACAGGCAUCGUGGACACAAACACCACCACCGGAGAAGGAAAGAUAAAGACUCGGACAAAGACGAUGGCCGGGAAUCUCCUCCUUACGAUACCCCAUCCCAGCGGGUUCAGUUUAUCCUUGGCACCGAGGAUGACGACGAAGAACACAUUCCCCAUGACUUGUUCACCGAAAUGGACGAACUGUGUUACAGAGAUGGGGAAGACUACGAAUGGAAGGAGACGGCCAGGUGGCUGAAAUUUGAAGAGGAUGUCGAAGAUGGAGGUGACCGAUGGAGUAAGCCUUAUGUGGCAACGCUGUCUUUGCACAGUCUCUUUGAGUUGAGGAGUUGCAUCCUAAAUGGAACGGUCAUGCUGGAUAUGAGAGCAAGCACUCUGGAUGAAAUAGCAGAUAUGGUACUGGACAACAUGAUCGCCUCCGGUCAGUUAGACGAGUCCAUCAGAGAGAACGUGAGGGAAGCCCUUCUGAAAAGGCACCAUCACCAGAACGAGAAAAGAUUCACCAGUCGGAUUCCCUUGGUUCGAUCCUUUGCAGAUAUAGGCAAGAAACAUUCUGACCCUCACUUGCUUGAAAGGAAUGGGGAAGGCCUCUCCGCCUCCCGCCACUCUUUGCGAACAGGUCUCUCCGCCUCAAACCUUUCACUGAGAGGAGAAUCGCCCUUGUCUCUUCUUCUCAGUCACCUCCUUCCUUCUUCGAGAGCUGGAACCCCGGCGGGCUCGAGGUGUACCACCCCAGGGCCCACCCCUCCCAGCAGUCCUCCUUCCAGCCCUGGCACCAGCCGCCCGGCCGCCGGAAGUUCCCAGCAGAGUCAGCCGCAGGCCCCGCAACUGCUGGUCACACCUGCCAGUGAUGGUAUUCCCACAGUAGUAAUCCAUCCGCCCGAGGAAGACUUAGAAGUGUCGACAGGCCAGGAGCAGAAGCAAGAGGAAAAUGUUGGCUUAACUCCAGGUAUUUUGGCCUCUCCCCAGUCUGCGCCUGGUAACUUGGACAGCAGUAAGAGUGGAGAAAUGAAAGGUAACGGAGGUGGUGGAGGAAGCAGAGAAAAUAGUACUGUUGACUUCAGCAAGGUUGACAUGAAUUUCAUGAGGAAAAUUCCUUCGGGAGCCGAGGCAUCCAAUGUGCUGGUGGGAGAGGUGGACUUCUUGGAAAGACCCAUCAUUGCGUUUGUGAGACUGGCUCCUGCCGUGCUGCUCUCCGGGCUGACCGAGGUCCCUGUUCCUACCAGGUUUCUGUUUUUGUUGUUGGGUCCAGCAGGCAAAGCCCCACAGUACCAUGAAAUUGGAAGGUCGAUAGCCACGCUCAUGACGGAUGAGAUUUUCCAUGAUGUAGCUUAUAAAGCAAAAGAUAGAAAUGACCUGUUAUCUGGAAUUGAUGAGUUUUUAGAUCAAGUCACUGUCCUGCCCCCAGGAGAGUGGGACCCUUCCAUUCGCAUAGAGCCACCCAAAAGUGUUCCUUCUCAGGAAAAGAGAAAGAUUCCCGUGUUUCCCAAUGGAUCUGCGCCCACGUCGGGUGAGAUUCCUAAGGAGGCCGCCCACCACGCUGGCCCCGAGCUGCAGAGGACUGGACGGCUUUUUGGUGGUUUGAUACUUGACAUCAAAAGGAAAGCACCUUUUUUCUUGAGUGACUUCAAGGAUGCAUUAAGCCUGCAGUGCCUGGCCUCGAUUCUUUUCCUAUACUGUGCCUGUAUGUCUCCUGUAAUCACUUUUGGAGGGCUGCUUGGAGAAGCUACAGAAGGCAGAAUAAGUGCAAUAGAAUCUCUUUUUGGAGCCUCAUUAACUGGGAUUGCCUAUUCAUUGUUUGCUGGGCAACCUCUAACAAUACUGGGCAGCACAGGGCCUGUUCUAGUGUUUGAAAAAAUCUUAUUUAAAUUCUGCAGAGAUUAUCACCUUUCCUAUCUGUCCUUAAGAACCAGUAUUGGUCUUUGGACUUCUUUCUUGUGCAUUGUUUUGGUUGCGACAGAUGCAAGCAGCCUUGUGUGUUACAUUACUCGGUUCACGGAGGAGGCCUUUGCAGCUCUCAUUUGUAUCAUCUUCAUCUAUGAAGCUUUGGAGAAGCUCUUUCACUUAGGGGAAAUAUAUGCGUUCAAUAUGCACAACGACUUAGAUAAACUGACAAGCUACUCGUGUGUGUGUGAUGAACCUGCCAACCCUAGCAAUGAAACUCUGGAGUUUUGGCAGAAAGAGAAUAUAACAGCGCACAGUAUUUCCUGGGGAAACCUCACCGUUUCUGAGUGUGCAGCCUUCCGCGGGGUCUUCGCGGGACCGGCGUGCGGGCCCCACGGCCCUUAUAUCCCCGACGUGCUCUUCUGGUGUGUCAUCUUGUUCUUCACAACGUUCUUCCUGUCUUCAUUCCUCAAGCAAUUUAAGACCAAGCGUUAUUUUCCCACCAAGGUGCGGUCCACCAUCAGCGACUUCGCCGUCUUUCUUACAAUCGUCAUCAUGGUUACGAUUGACUACCUUGUAGGAGUGCCAUCGCCUAAGCUUCAUGUUCCUGAAAAAUUUGAGCCUACAGAUCCAAAUAGGGGCUGGAUCAUAAACCCAUUGGGAGACAAUCCUUGGUGGACCUUACUUAUUGCUGCUAUUCCAGCUCUGCUUUGUACCAUUCUCAUCUUUAUGGAUCAACAAAUUACGGCCGUAAUCAUCAACAGAAAGGAGCACAAGCUGAAGAAAGGAGCUGGCUAUCACCUUGAUUUGCUGAUGGUCGGCGUCAUGUUGGGAGUCUGCUCUGUCAUGGGCCUGCCAUGGUUUGUGGCUGCAACCGUGUUGUCAAUCAGUCAUGUCAACAGCUUGAAAGUUGAAUCUGAAUGUUCUGCUCCAGGGGAACAACCCAAGUUUCUGGGAAUUCGUGAACAGCGGGUUACAGGGCUAAUGAUUUUCAUUCUAAUGGGCCUGUCUGUGUUCAUGACUUCGGUUCUAAAGUUUAUUCCAAUGCCCGUUCUAUAUGGUGUUUUCCUGUACAUGGGAGUUUCCUCACUGAAAGGAAUCCAGUUCUUUGACCGUAUAAAGCUGUUUGGAAUGCCUGCUAAGCAUCAGCCUGACCUGAUAUACCUGCGUUACGUGCCUCUCUGGAAGGUGCACAUCUUCACGGUGGUGCAGCUCACCUGCCUGAUUCUCCUGUGGGUGAUAAAGGCUUCGGCUGCUGCGGUCGUUUUCCCCAUGAUGGUUCUUGCAUUGGUCUUUGUACGCAAGCUCAUGGACCUGUGCUUUACAAAGCGAGAGCUCAGCUGGCUCGACGACCUCAUGCCAGAGAGUAAGAAAAAGAAAGAAGAUGACAAGAAAAAAGAGAAAGAGGAAGCGGAACGAAUGCUGCAAGAGGAGGAAGAUACUGUGCACCUCCCAUUUGAAGGGGGAAGUCUCCUGCAGAUCCCAGUGAAGGCCCUAAAGUACAGUCUUGAUCCCUCAGUUGUUAACAUAUCAGAUGAAAUGGCCAAAACCGCACAGUGGAAGGCACUUUCCAUGAACACUGAGAAUGCCAAAGUAACCAGAGCUAACACGAGCCCUGAAAAACCCAUGAGUGUGAAAAUAAAUUUGGAAGAUGAACCGGCAAAGAAAUACAUGGAUGCUGAAACUUCAUUAUAGAAUUGAACUCAGAGGAAUUACAUAGAGACAUUCAUAUAUAUGUGUAUAUAUAUAUAAAAUGUGUGCGUGUCAUGUCACUAUAUAUAAUGAUGUUUUAUGUCAUGCUGUUGUUGCAUGACUGCUGGGUUCUUUGAAGUAGUGUCUGCAGUUUGUUAGGAGCACCAUGGAGACUGUAUAUAAAGGAAUAGUCUCCUAGAAGUGAGGUACAUGGCUCUUAUCAUUCAAAUAUUUAUUCUGUUGGAAGAAAAUGGUUUUUUUUGUUGUUCUGCUAUAGAAAGAUGGGGGAGAUGCAUUCAGUCUAUUUUCCUUAAGUCUCCGCUCAUCAAUGGUAAUUCUGAGCAUCCUUUAGUGAUAUAUGCUGUGUCCAUGUAUUUAUAAUUUGUUUCCUAUAUACUCACAAAGAUGAAAUAGUUUAUGGUAGCGCUUUAUGGGAAUAGCAGGGAGUCUUUAUGUGGGGGAAAUGACAAUAAGGCUUCUGUGUGUGUGUCCGUGUGUGUGUGUGUGUGUGUGUGAGAGUGAGCGAGAGAGUGUCUCCAAUGUUAAAAAUCUGUUAGCGUUGUUUUUAAAAAGCUGUAGUGUCCUAAGGUUCGUAUUUGCCAAGUCUUCUGUAAACUGUUUUAGACAAAAAAUCUGAUGUGCUAAUGGAUGCAUUUUUUAAAGCAGAUUUGUCAUUCAAAAAUAACUGUUUUCUCUUUCCUAGAUACAUGAGUUUCCACGUGAAAAUAAAAAGCUUUUCAUUUUUUUUUUCCUUUCACAAAGGCAGGUUCGAAAUUCUGUGAAAAGCAAAAUGAUGUCUGAGCCUGAGGUGUAACACGCACAUCCGGUCACGCCAAUGCUCAGACUGUGGAUGUGUGAGCCAUUGGUGUCACUCAACAAUGUCUGUGUUAAACAGCUUCAGUCUUUUAUGUAGGUCACAUCAUGGUUAUGGUAUACUGUGCAAAUACGUGAGUCGUCUUCUGGUUUAUUCCAACAGCUAUUUAUUUUUUAGAAAGUAAAUUAUAAAGACUUUAAGGACACUUAAAGUUUAGUGUUCAAAUUGCAAAAUUUGGGGAAUUUUAAUGUAAAGUCCAUUUUCUGACUUGAAAAAGUAAAGUAAGAGUUGAUUGUAAGUAAAUAGUUAGAAUCAUCUACACAUCAUUUUAAGAAAAUAAUUAGCACAUAUUGAGUUCUAUGUUUGACUUGAUUUUUUUAACCCCAGUUUUGUUUUUAAUCAUAUUUUUGCACAUGGUUGAUUUUUGUGUUGUGGCUUUUAUUUGUUUUUAUUACUCAAGGCUUUUGUUCUUGGGUUUUUUUCUCUUUUUUUUUUGGCAGGGGGGAGAUUAUUUUCCAGUGUUUACUGUGUUUAAAUAAACAAAUGAAUUUGAAUGUUCAUUUAUAUGAUAUUUGAUACCUUGGUGUAAUUUCACAGUACAAUUCCAAUUUUUAUGGCUUUUAUAAUAUUUUCUUUUAUAGUAAAAUCCAAAGUAAAUUAAACAUUGAAAUUGUAAAACCGAUGUUUCAUUUUUAUGAAAUACAGGUCUCUACCAAGUCUAUAAUGUGAAUGAUCCUGCCUUUCAAAUUUGUUUCAUAUUUGUUAAAAGAAAACUAUUUUUUUGGAGAUGUUAUUGAAGUUGAAAGAGCAAUAAAAGUCUACGUAAUUA